AUGACAGAACUUUCCAACAAGUUUUCGCUUAAACAACUUGGUUUCCCUCAUUAUUUUCUUGGCAUUGAAAUGAUCCCAACCAAGGAGGGUAUGUUAUUAUCUCAACAUGGUUAUAUUCGAGAACUCUUGGAUAAGUUCAAUAUGGCUGGAGCAAAGACCGUCAACACACCAUUAUGUAUGACUACUCCCCUCAAACUAAAUGAUGGAUCAGCCGCUGCCGACUCAAAGCUAUUCCGUAGUAUCAUUGGUGCAUUGCAAUACGUUACUUUGACAAGGCCAGAUCUGUCCUUUGCAAUUAAAAAAUUGUCACAAUUCAUGCAUCAACCAACACAACUGCAUCUCCAGCAGCUCAAGCGAGUAUUACGGUAUCUAAAACAUACUAUUAAUGAUGCUUUGCGGCUAGCAAAACCACUUCAUCUUAAACUGCAAGCCUUCACCGAUGUUGAUUAG